CCGGCCGCUAGGUGGCGCUUGUUCGAGCGGAUCCGCCCAGGGGACCUUCUGUUUUUGACAAACACUUCCGGGAAAGUGACAGGCAGUCGGGAAGGAGCUCUUAUCAGCCGCGGGGAGCUGACCGGCAGCCAUGAUCGAGGCGGGGGCGCCCUCCCUCCCUGACCUGUGGAACCGGGCUGUCCUCGCCCUGACUGACGCCUCCUCAGAGAAGUUGGGUCACGUCCUGCAGGAGCUGAUCCAGGUGAACCUACCCCUGGCGGACAAGUACCGGGAGGUGGAUGUGCUCUCCGUGCUGCGGGACAACGCGUCUCAGCAGGGUCUAAAUGCCAUUGCAACAGCCUUCAACAUCCUGGAAAAGUAUGGCCGGAACUUACUGUCCCCAAACAAGCCAAAAUUCUGGAGGGCCGUGAAAUUCAACAACCCUGUGUUUAAAUCCACUGUGGAUGCUGUCAAGGGAGGCCGGGACAUCCUGCGUCUGUACGGAUACACAGUGGAGCUGCGGGAUGGGAUGAGUUUUCCGGAGAAUGUGGCCGACCCCGAUCCCCGCAGGGUUGCCGCGGUGACAGUGGAGGUGGCCUUGCUUCAGGUCGAGCUAGACCUCCUGCGCAAGGGAACGCACCCCCACCCAGAGCUCUUCAGCCAGCUUCUGUCCACCGGCACACAGGUGCAGCAGGUGACGCCCCUGACCCCCAGCGUGCAGGAUCCCCGUCCGAAGGCAGACGGUGCCGUCACCCCCACGUGGACCAUCGGGAACCCUCCCAGCAGUAGCGGGGUCCCUUCGGGAGAAGGGCCGUGGACUCCACUACAGGAAGAGGGGGUGGCGAAGGGGGGCGGAUUGCCCAUCCCAGCCUCCCCCAGGACGUCCUGCGCCGUGUGCAGCGCCGAGCUGGUGAGCUCCCACUGCGGGGACUGCGGCCUCCUCUUCUGCGGGGACUGCGGGGACCUCUACCACCGGCACCCGGCCCGGGCCCAGCACCAGCGCUCCCUCAUCCCACCCAGGGCGGCAGCUCCCGGCGCCUCUCACAGGGAGGUGCAGAAUGGUGAGGUGGUGAGCCUGGGUAAGGAGCCUGAGAUCAGGGCCACCCCUAACCAGACUUUGGCCUGGUCCUGCCCUGGCUGUCAGCUCUCCAACCCAGGCCAGGGGCUGGUGUGCAGGGGCUGCCAGCUGCCCCGUGCCAGCCGUGAGCCACCCCCACCGUCCCGGGCCGCCUGGAGCUGCCAGGCUUGUACCUGCCUCAAUGAGGCCUCCUCUGUCCUGUGCAGCGCCUGCGACAGGCCCCGGCUGGCUGGCAGGCCCAGCUUCACCCCGCGACCCCCUGCAUCCUCCAUUGCACCUGCACUGGCACUGGCACCGAACCCGGACCCCUCUCCAACACCCCAGGCAGGCAAGCGGGACCCAGCCUCUGGCUGGGAAUGUCGGCACUGUACCUACAUCAACCUGAACCGGGGGCGGAUAUGCGAGGUGUGUGACAGGACCAGCGACCCACGUGAGGGUGAGGGUGAGGGUGAGAGAGUGCCCUGCGGCCCUGUGACCACUGCCCGGCCCGGCCAGCACGGGGUGUCUGCCGAACUGGACAGGCAGCGGGCGAUGAGGGAAGAUGGGCUGCGGCUGAUCACAGCCAUCCGGAUGGCGGAGGAGCAGCAGGUCAGCCCGGAGGAGGUGGUGUGCGCGCUGCGGUGUGCGGGGGACAUCUCUCCGCUGUCCUGGCUGGAGACGGGCCUCACCCAGGCCCUGGAGUCCAUCAGCGAGCUGGCCCUGCAGCAGGGGGGCCCCGAGGUGGGGCUGGUAGGCCGCGAGGAGGCCCACCAGGCCUGGCUGUCCUGUGGGGGCAGUGUGGAGGAGGCCGCUCGCCGCUGUGCGCAGGAGCGCCGACGGAAGGUGGGUGAAUUGGAGGUGCUGGGGUUCAGAGACCGGGACGAGGUGCUGCAGACCCUCUACAUGAACGGCGGAGACGUGGACCGGGCCCUGGUGGACCUGCAGCGCCGGCUACUCCAGCCCUUUCACAAUCGCAUCUGGCAGGAGCACCAGGAGCCCAUUCAGCUGCAGCUGCCCGACAAGGAGCGGGUGCUGCGUCAGAUCCUGGCCACCUACAGCCUGCAGAGCUGGGGCCGUGCGGAGAUCGUGCUCAGCCUGAUGCUGGAGGGCAACCAGCACUACCAGCUGUCCGACGUGGUGGAGGCCGUGAAGGAGUCCGCCGACCGCGAGUUCAUCAAGCGCUGCCUCUCUCUCCUGUGUCCAAUCUGCUUCUCCCUCUACCCACGCAGCAAGGUGCAGUCUCUGACCUCGUGCGAGUGCACCAUCUGCCUGAGCUGUUUCAAGGAAUAUUUCACCUACACUGUGCGCGAGAGGAACAUCAAGAACCUGGUGUGUCCCAUCUGCUCGAAACCCGACAUUGACGACGAGGCACAGAGACUCAGUUACUUCUCCACACUGGACGUGCAGCUGCGAGACUGCCUGGACACAGACGACUACAACCUCUUUCACAAGAAGCUGACAGAGAGGACGCUGAUGAUGGACCCCAAAUUCAAGUGGUGCACACACUGCUCCAACGGCUUCAUCUAUGACGGGAACCAGAAGCAAGUGACCUGUCCUCAGUGUCAGGGCAGCUUCUGUGUGGAGUGCAAAAGACCGUCCCGGGGCGUGCUGAGCUCUCCCCAGAAAACGGGGUCCGGGCUGGACGGGUUUGCUGUGCUCGUUACCAGGGGGCAGUUUGGGGAAGGUACGUGGGGCGUUGAAGGUCGUGGUGGCUUCAAGGUUCAGCCAGGGUUGAAUGGGGUCGAUGUGGGAUAA